AUGUGCCUUUGCGAGGGUGGAACGUUAGGAUUCACUUGCAAGAGUCCAAAUUUAGAUUUUAGAAACGGAAAUGGAUUGAAUGCCGGAAACGAAACGAAACAGGGUAACUUUACAAGUCAAAAUGGAAAUGAAUUGGUAGUAAGAUCUCAUAAGAGAAAUGAACAAAAUGAAACUCAACAAUGUAGAACAUUUUGUUUGAACGGAGGAACGUGUCAGGGGUCCAAAUGUAUUUGUCCACCUGGAUUUUCUGGAAAACAUUGCAGCGAACCAAUUUGUAGAGAGCCGUGUUUGAAUGGGGGACGAUGUAUUGGACAUGACAGAUGUGCUUGUCCAUACGGUUACACUGGUAGACGGUGUGAAGCAGAUUAUAGGACGGGACCUUGUUAUACCAUUGUUAAAAACGACAUGUGCCUUGGACAGUUGGAAGGUAUCGUGUGUACAAAAAAUUUAUGCUGUGCCACAGUCGGAAAAGCAUGGGGACAUCCUUGCGAACAAUGUCCCACAACAUUGGAUUGCGAUCAGGGAUAUCUUAAAAAUAUUCACAGUCAGGAGUGCUUAGAUGUUGAUGAAUGCGAAGCCAUACCUGGAUUAUGUUCCGGAGGCAGAUGUCUUAAUACCAUAGGUUCUUUUACUUGCGAGUGUCCCGAAGGCCAAGCCAGGGGGCUAACAACAAAUCGAUGCGAAGACAGAGACGAAUGUCUUAUUCCUAACGUUUGUUUAGAUGGUCGUUGUGUAAAUACAAAUGGCAGCUAUUAUUGCGUUUGUAAUCCAGGAUUUAUUCCAAGUCAAGACCGUAAAACUUGUCUAGAUGCAAGGCAAGGAAAUUGUUUUACAACUUUGGGUUACAAUGGCGAAUGCCAAAAUCCGUUAAAUAUUAAAUUAUCGAAAAAAGAUUGUUGCUGUGGCGUAAACAUGGGUAGAGGAUGGGGUGAAGAGUGUGACAUUUGUCCAAUGGCAGGAGAAGAGGAAUUCAAACGUUUAUGUCUUGAGGUUCCCGUUGUUAUUUCAUCAAAUGGCAGUAGUUCAGGUUCAUUUGAUCCAUACCUAAUUAACGAAUGUGCUCUUCGUCCUACUAUAUGUGGAGGGGGUAAAUGCAUAGAUACCGUUCACGGUUAUGAUUGUGAAUGCUUUCCAGGUUACUUAUUAAGCAGCUCUCAUAUAUGCGAAGAUAUUGACGAAUGCCGGGACCGAGGUUAUUGUCAAGGAGGAAGAUGUUUGAAUACUCCAGGUUCUUUUCAGUGUAAUUGCCCUGUAGGAUAUGACGUUUCUUCAGAUGGAAAAUUUUGUAUUGAUCACGAUGAGUGUCAGCAGAACGGAAUGUGCGCUAAUGGCGUAUGCGUCAACAUGAACGGAACGUUUACGUGUAAAUGUCACAAAGGCUUCGUUUUAUCACCCACGGGACAUUCAUGCGUCGAUAUUGAUGAAUGUUACGAAAAUCCGCGAAUAUGUCUUAAUGGCCGAUGUCAAAACGUACCAGGAUCUCAUAGGUGCAUCUGCCUUCCUGGUUUCACCCUAUCUGAAGACGGAACAUUUUGUAUAGAUAAGGAUGAAUGCGCAGAAACGGGAAUGUGCUCAAAUGGAAAAUGUAUUAAUGUCGAUGGUAGUUUUACGUGUGUUUGUGACUCGGGUUUUCGUUUAACACCCGAUGGUAAAAAAUGCGUAGAUAUCGACGAAUGUGUAUCCAAUCCGUGCCAGCACGGGACUUGCGUCAAUACGCAGGGAAAUUUUCAAUGCACUUGUUCCCAAGGAUUUAAUUUAGGCCCAGAUGGACGGUCCUGUAUUGAUAAUAGUAAAGAUUUAUGCUAUUCACAAUUUAAAGACGGCCAAUGUUACAAUCCCAUGUCUAAUCCUGUGACGAAAUCGAGUUGUUGUUGCUCAGGAAGUCAUUAUCAAAACUUCGGAUGGGGUACUCCUUGCCGACAAUGUCCCAUUUUUGGAAGUCACGAUUAUCUACAGCUUUGUCCUCAUGGACCUGGAAUGUCUUACAGUGGAGUUGAUAUAAAUGAAUGCGCGCAAAAUCCAAACAUAUGUGAAAAUGGUGCUUGCGAAAAUAUAUUUGGCGGCUACAGGUGUAUUUGUAAUCCAGGUUAUCAGAUUGAUAUAACUGGAAAAAUUUGUCAAGAAAUAAACGAAUGCGAAAUCGAAGAAAAAGUUUGUGCUGGUGGACAGUGCAAAAACACUCCAGGAAGUUUUCAAUGCAUUUGUCCGGUUGGUCUAGAAUUAAAUCCCCAUAGUCAAGUUUGUGAAGAUAUAGAUGAAUGUUUUAAUCUCGGUAAGGAAGCAUGCCUUAAUGGUAAAUGCAUAAAUACUAUCGGGUCAUAUGAAUGCCACUGCCCACUUGGAUCUAUUUUGGAUAACACUGGAAGAAUUUGCAUCGAUAAUCAAAAAGGUUCCUGUUGGACGAGAAUGAUAGGAGGUCAGUGUGAAAAUAACCUUCCGAGACCUACUUUAAAAAAGGAAUGCUGUUGCUCCGUAGGCGUGGCAUGGGGCAGCCCUUGCGAAAGAUGUAAUCUAAAUGAAUGCGAUUGUUUAAAAGGCUAUGCUAAAGUUGAUGGAAAAACUUGUACGGAUAUUAAUGAGUGCGAUAUAAAUCCUGGUAUUUGCAAGGGGGGAGGAACGUGCGUAAACACUGAGGGAAGCUUCACGUGUGUUUGCCCCCAGGGUCUUACUUUAGAUUCCACAGGUAGUACAUUAUGCACGGAUACCAGGGUAGAAGAAUGUUAUACUGAUUUUAAAAACGGAAUAGGUUUAAAUCCUAUUGAAGGACGAUACUCAAAAGCCAUUUGUUGCUGCACAUCUGUUGGGAAAGCUUGGGGUUCGGCUCAAAUCGAACAAUGUCCCAGACCGGGUACGGUAGCUCAUCGAGAAUUGUGUCCUCGAGGUUCUGGAUAUAUCGACAGAAAAGAUGUAAACGAAUGUACUCAAUUCCCUAAACUGUGUGAAAAUGGUAGAUGCAAAAACACUAUUGGAGGAUAUUCUUGCAGGUGUAAUCAAGGAUAUGCUUUAGAUGAAAACGGAAUUAAGUGCAUAGAUAUCGAUGAAUGUGAAAUAUUGCAUGGAAUUUGCGGAGAAGGAACGUGUAAAAAUAUUCCAGGUUCUUUUAAUUGUGAAUGUAAUCCCGGAUUUGAAAACACAAUGAUGAUGCAAACUUGUGUCGAUAUAAACGAAUGUGAAAAAACUUUUGGACUUUGUCGGGGUGGAAAAUGUAUAAACACUGAAGGCUCGUAUAAAUGCGAAUGCCCUCCUGGCCAUGAGUUGUCUCCAGAUCAACAAUUUUGCAAAGAUAUAGACGAAUGUUCUAGAUCCAGUGGCAUUUGCAGCAAUGGCGUAUGCGAAAAUAUGAUGGGAACGUAUCAGUGCGUUUGUAAUGAUGGUUACGAACAAACGGAUUUAAAAUCACAUUGCGAAGACAUUGAUGAAUGCUCUAUUAGAAAUGGGGGUUGUGAAGACAUUUGCCAAAACACUCCUGGAAGUUUUUCCUGCUCUUGUAGCCCAGGAUAUACUUUAUUAUUGGAUGGUAGAUCGUGCGUUGACGUAGACGAAUGUAAAACAAAUCGUAGAAUAUGCAACGGGGGAAACUGUACGAAUACGCAAGGAAGUUAUACGUGUCAUUGUAAAGAUGGACUAUUACCUGGUCCAGGAUUAACUUCUUGCAUAGAUGUAAACGAAUGUGAAAUCGAUCCUAAUCUCUGCGGAAACGGUAAAUGCGAAAACAUACUGGGCUCGUAUGUUUGUAGAUGCGAGGACGGUUAUACCAUAACGCCGGGAAGAACCGGAUGUCACGAUUUAGACGAGUGCGAAAUAGGUAGUCAUAAUUGCGAUCCGAACGCUCACUGUAUUAAUAAUCCCGGAAGUUAUGAAUGUGCUUGUCUGGAUGGAUUUACGGGAAGCGGAGAAAUUUGUCGGGAUAUAAACGAAUGCUUGACAAAUAACGGAGGUUGCGAUGAAAAUGCUCAAUGUAUUAACACCGUUGGAUCUUUUAAGUGCGAAUGUGACAGCGGUUUUAAGGGAGACGGUUAUUCCUGUCAAGACAUUGAUGAAUGUACUAAUGACAUAACUCUGUGUGAAAAUGGUCAUUGUUUAAAUUAUCCGGGUUCUUUCCGCUGUGAAUGUGAAAUGGAUAUAAAUGAAUGUGAAAUGUUUAAUAACUUAUGCCUCAAUGGAAAAUGUGAAAAUAUAUUUGGAAUGUUUCGAUGCGAAUGUAAUGAAGGGUAUCAAAUAGACAACACCGGUGGAAAUUGUACCGACAUAGAUGAAUGCGAGAGCCCGCAAGCUUGUUUAUAUGGUACUUGUAUCAAUACUCAGGGAAGUUUUCACUGUCAGUGCCCUCCGAAUUACGAAUUGGUACCUUCCGGAAACGGGUGUGUCGAUACGAGAACGUCGAGAUGUUACUUGCAAGUCGAAGAAAGAAACGGACGAUUUCGUUGUCUGAAAGAAAUGGGAGAACCAAUUAACAAAGCGUCUUGCUGUUGUUCAAUAGGAAAAGGAUGGGGACCCAGAUGUGAACUUUGUCCUUCUCCUAAUAGCGAAGAGUACAGGCAAUUGUGUCCGGGAGGUACGGGAUAUCGCCCUAAUCCAGAAACGGUAGUACUCGAAGACAUAAACGAAUGUUUAGAACAUGCGAAUUUAUGUACAAACGGUCAUUGUGUAAAUACUUUCGGAAGUUUUAUGUGUAGUUGUAAUGAUGGAUUCAGGCUUGAUAGCGUGAAAGCCAUUUGCGUUGAUGUAAACGAAUGUCAAGAAAUGCCAGACAUUUGCGGAGUAGGAUUCUGUAUAAAUGACGAUGGGAGUUAUCAUUGCGUUUGUCCGGAAGGUUUUAUGCUCUUGCCGAACGGCAAAGAAUGCUUGGACACUAGAAAAGAAAUAUGCUACAUGCAUUAUAAUGAAGAAGGUUGUACUCACCCAAUGUCACACGAACAAACUCGAAUGGUUUGUUGUUGCUCUAUGGGAGAAGCUUGGGGUAGUCCUUGUAAGCCUUGUCCAGCGGCUGGAACUAGAGAGUAUUUAUUACUUUGUGGAACAAGACCGGGACAAAUCAUCAAUCCUAUGACGAAUCAAACAGAAGAAAUAGACGAAUGUUUACUUAUGCCGACAAUGUGUAAUCACGGGACUUGUAUAAAUACGCCGGGAAGUUUUGAAUGUCUUUGCGAUAGGGGUUACGUUUACGAUGAAAACAGUCAUCAGUGCAUAGACGAUAAUGAGUGUUUAAGAGUACCCAAUCCUUGUCUUGAUAACGCACAAUGCGUAAAUUUUCCUGGAAAUUUUGAAUGUCAAUGUCCGGAAGGAUACAAACAAGAUCCUAGCAUGCGCGGUUGCGUAGACAUUGAUGAAUGUUCAGAAAAAAGUUUUAUUUGUCAAAAUGGCGAAUGUAAUAAUUUCCAAGGUAGUUUUCAAUGUGUUUGCUUACAAGGAUAUCAAUUAACUCCGUUCAGAGAUAAUUGUGUCGAUAUUGACGAAUGUCAACGUCAUCCUAAUACUUGUAAUAAUGGCACAUGCAUGAACUCGGUAGGAUCGUAUAGCUGCCAUUGCUAUCUGGGAUUCAAACUCAGUCCGAACAAUGAUUGCAUAGACAUAGACGAAUGUAGAACGAUGCCUUUCCUGUGUCGUAAUGGAAGAUGUCGUAACACAAUAGGAUCAUUCACGUGUGAUUGCGUAGAUGGUUACACAAUGACGUCAGAUGAAAUGAAUUGUCGUGACGUCGAUGAAUGCACCGAGCAUCCAAAUCCGUGUCAACAUCCAGGAAAGUGUCAGAACCUAAUGGGAUCAUACACAUGCCUUUGUCCCACAGGAUAUAAAUCAAUUAACAAUAACACGGCAUGUGUAGACAUUGACGAAUGCGUUGAAAACGAAGGAACUUGCGAGGAUGGAACUUGCAUUAACACGGAUGGAAGUUUUAGAUGCGAUUGUCCGGAUGGUUUUAUCGUUAGUUCUAAUGGAAUGAAAUGCAUUGACAUACGAAAGGAUUUUUGCUACGAUCAAUUUUACAGGGGAAUUUGCGAUACGCCUAGAAUGGAAUUCAUAAGCGUUAAGGAAUGUUGUUGUUCGAUGGGAAAAGCCUGGGGAAAGAAUUGCGAACAGUGUCCUCCGGAAGGUUCAGAUGCUUUUAAUAAACUUUGCCCACAAGGACCUGGACGUGGAGAUACGGGCGGAGACAUAAACGAAUGCGAAUUCAUGCCGGACGUGUGCGAAAACGGAGAUUGCAUUAAUACCGACGGGUCUUUUAGGUGCGAAUGUCAACCUGGAUUCGUUUUGGAUUCAACCGGAAAACGUUGCAUUGACGAUAACGAGUGCAUGUCGAAUGUUAACAUUUGCGGAAAUGGUACCUGCACUAACAUAAAAGGAAGUUUUGAAUGCGCUUGCAAUUCCGGUUAUUCACCCGGUCCUCUUCAAUCCUGUGAAGAUAUUAACGAAUGCAAAGAAAUGGGAUUGGGAAAUCAGUGUGCGUUCAGGUGUCAUAACGUGCCUGGUUCGUUCAGGUGUAUAUGUCCUUAUGGAUAUUCUCUGGCACCUGAUGGAAUGCAUUGUCAAGAUGUGGAUGAAUGUGCCACGCCAGCCAACAAUUGCCGAUACGCAUGUAAAAAUUUAAUAGGAUCAUUCAUGUGUGUUUGUCCGAAAGGCUAUCAACAGGUCGGUGUGCAAGACGAAUGCAAAGACAUCGAUGAAUGCAGUUCUAAUUCCCGUCUUUGUUCAAAUGGGAUUUGCAUUAAUUUCGAAGGAGGUUAUCGUUGUGAAUGUUUAUCAGGUUUUGUCCCAAAUCAUGAUAAAACGGAAUGCAUCGAUAAAAGGGAAGGACAUUGUUUUCAUCAAUUGGUAUCCGGUCGAUGUCCUUCGCCCACCGACGAUUUUAAUCCGGUGACAAAAGCAGAUUGCUGUUGCAGUAUGGGAACAGCGUGGGGACCUCAAUGUGAAAUAUGUCCGAAAAAAGGGACUCCAGAAUACGAUGAAUUAUGUUUGGAAUCUGGAUUUUCGAUCGACGGUCAAGACAUUAACGAAUGUUUGGCGAUACCAAACUUAUGUAAAAACGGUAGAUGCACUAACACACUCGGAUCUUAUAAAUGCAUUUGUAAUAAAGGAUAUCAAACGGAUGUGACUGGAACUCGAUGCAAAGACGUAAACGAAUGUGAUCAACCGUCUUCACCUUGUCAAUUUACCUGCACGAACACAGACGGAUCAUACGUUUGCUCUUGUCCUUUCGGAUACAUUCUUAAUCCCGACGGGACGACUUGUAGAGAUAUCGACGAGUGCAAUACGGGACAACACGUGUGCACUCACGAAUGCAUCAAUACACCCGGUUCCUACUAUUGCGGUUGUCCCAAGGGAUUUAAUCAUUCUGAUGACAAAUGCUUAGAUAUAAACGAAUGUGAAACUCCAGGGACUUGUCCUCCUCCAGGACGUUGCAUGAACACGAUCGGAAGUUUUAAUUGCAUAUGUCCAAGAGGUUUCAAAUUGGAUUCGACGAAAACGCGAUGCGUCGAUCAGGAUGAAUGUUUGGACGAUUCCAAAUGCAGCACACGUUGCAAAAAUUCGAUCGGUGGAUAUAAAUGCGGAUGUCCCGAAGGUUACGUUCCUCAUCACUAUUACAAUCAAUGUUUAGAUGAAAAUGAAUGUUUAUCAAGUCCGUGCGGAGAAGCUGCUUGUAUCAACACGUUAGGUUCUUAUAAAUGCGGAUGCCCUCAAGGUUUUCAAUUUGAUGGUAACAGUCACUUAUGCAUUCAAAUUUCUUUAUCCUGUUUGGGGAGUCCAUGUUUGUUCGGUUGCGUUCAAGAUGGUGCCAACGGUCCUCUUUGCAGUUGUCCAAACGGUUACAGAACCGUCGGACAAGGACACUGUUUAUCGACAAUCAAUCAAAUCUCUGGCGCAUAUCCACAAAAUGGUUUUAACGUUUACGAUUCCGGUCAACAACCUCCCCUAUACGUUCCAGAAGAUUAUUCUUCGACGAAUGCGAAGGGUAAAAAAUAUCUGUCGACCGAGGGAUGUUUUUCCUGCAGGGUCGGAGCGAGCAGACAUCGAAGAUCCAUGAGAAUGGUUAACGGUAAAAAAAUAUACGGACCUCUAGUGACGUUGAAUUCUACGGUUUGGCUACAGAAAUCAAACAGAAAAUCAAAAGGGAAAAAAUUAAAGAAAACGAAAAGGCAUCAACAACAGCAUUUGUUGGAAAAUGAAUUUUUAGCUUUAAGAGUUUCACUAUCGCAAACAAAACAUAAAAUGAGAAUAAUUAAAAUUCAACCUGCCGUUAAGAAAAAUGUCGAAUACGUAAUAAAAAAAGGAAACGAACACAAUCAAUUGGAAUUGAUAAAGAAACGAGGGAUUUGGGGUUUGCAUUUUAAAAAAAGGCUCAAAUCCCCGGAGAUAUUCAAUCUCGAGAUAGAAGGACAAAGUUCGGAUAUUGAAAAUGAUGAAGAAGUUUGGGAAAAACCGUUAAUAUUACGCAUUUAUCUACAAGUCACAUAA